ACUAAUUUGUCAAUACAGAUUUGUUUAUUUACGUUGUGUGAACGUACAUCUGAGCAGAAUAGUUUUACUUUUGUAUGAUUCAAAAUUAUUCCAAGGACAGCCUCUAAAUUCUCAUAUUUAAGUUGUGCUUCAGUACUGUAGGAAGCUACGAUGUUGCGGACUCAUUUAAAACGUGGAACGGAAAAAUGGUUGCACUUGACAAACCUUCGUUGCAGAUCCAAGUCUGCUGCCGGAAAACAAUGCUGGAAAUGUAGCAGUUCAGAUAUUAACAAUACGUUUUUUUGUGCUUCGUGCGGUGUGUUACGCGAGUCGGCUGAAAAAGAAGACUACUUCGAACUAUUGAAACUGAAGAAAGAGUUCAACAUAGACACUUUGAAACUCGUACAGAACUAUCGCCAUAUCCAAAGUAUGAUACAUCCAGACAAGUUUGCUCAGAAAUCAGAGCAUGAAAAGGCAAUUGCAUUAGAAUGGAGCUCUUUAGUUAACAAAGCGUACAAAACACUUUCCAAGUCCAUUGAGAGGGGCAAAUAUUUACUAACGCUUAAUGGAGUAACUAUAUCUGAAGACAAUACAUCACUUGAUAAAGAAUUUCUCUUAGCAAUGAUGGAUUUAAAUGAAUCAGUGGAGGAUGCAGAAACUGCCGAUGAACUAAAAAAUAUAGCUUCAAAUGUAUCUGUAAAUAUUGAACAUCUGAAUUCAAAGCUAGUCCAACACUUUAAAGCCAAUGAUUUGGAUGGCGCUAAGGAAGCUAUCAUACGUUUAAAAUAUAUGAACAACAUUGAAAGGACCGUAAAAGAAAAGCUUUUACAUCUUAAUCUAAAGCAGUAAACAUCUAUUAUAAUAUGCAACGUGUAACUACGAUACACGUCAUGCUCAAUUGUGUGUUGGAUGGAAUAAACCACUUUAAUAUUUGUUGCAA